AUGGAGCAGAUACCCCAAGAGUUUAUCAACACGAUCAUGGCGUUGAGCAGCCCAGACACAAACACUAUCCGUGUGGCUGAGGAGAAGUUCAACUCAUACAAGAGUCAACCAGAUCAACUGGUCAGCUGUCUAUUGUUUCUCUUGGUCAACUCGACUGAACCAGUGCUCAAGGAGUACUCUUCGGUCCUGAUCCGUCCGCUUAUCACACCUACACACAAGGACACGCUUUGGAGUAAGAUCUCAAGCGACCUUCAAAACAACAUCAAGAUUCAACUGCUUAGAUGUCUGCGCAGUGAAACCUCUAAAUCGAUCAGACACAAGGUCGUCAACAUUGUCAGCGCUAUUGCACCAGAGCUCAUCAGCAAGAAUGAAUGGAGCGAAUUGAUGGGAUUCUUGAUCGAGGAGGCCAAGUCACCCAAUGAGAACAUGAGAGAGUCUGCCUAUUUGAUCAUCGGACAGAUGAUUGGAGAGAUCGAGUCGAUCAUCAAGCCACAUAUAGGACUCUUCAAGGGCCUCAUUCAACAAGGUCUCUGCGACAGUUCAAUCAUCGUCCAGAUUGCUGCCUUGCGUACCAUCUCCACCUUUGUCAACAUGAGUGAUGUCGACAAAACUCAAUUCCAACCACUCAUUCCACUUAUGCUUGCCACUAUUACCAAAGCAAUUGAAACUAAUCACGAGAACAGUGCUCAGGAUGGUAUCGUGGUGUUUAUCGUCAUUGCCGAGUCCAAGCCAUCAUGGCUCGCCAAGGAGACCCACACCAUCAUGAAGGCAUUCUUUGAGAUUAUCAACUCUGAUAUGGUCGAGGAGGAGACCAAGCACUUUGUCAUGGAGUUCUUCCUGGCCAUUGCAGAGAGAAGAGCAAGCAUCUACAAGAUGAACCCUGCCUAUCUGACCUCAUUGGUCCAGAUCAUGUACAAGUGGUUGUCCACCAGAGAGGACAUCAGUGUAGAGUCAUGGAACCAGUUGACUAACGAGACUGAUAACUCUGAUGAUACAUCGGAUGCCGAUGUUGCCCAAGACGCAUUCGAUCGUCUUUCGUUGGCAAUCCCAAAGAAUAUGCUCCAGGCGGUCUCUGGCUUCUUGCCAUCGUUAAUCAAGUCCAACUUCUGGGGUGAUCGCUUUGCCGCACUGAUGAGCAUUACUAUGUUCUGCGAGGGAUGCAAGCACCAGCUGAAGAAUAACUUGGAGAGCAUGCUCAAUCUGAUCCUGCCACUGGUCAACGACCCAGUACCACGUGUCCGUUGGUGUCUCUUCUUCUGUCUCGGUCAAAUGGCCACAGACUUUGAGCAGGACAUUCACGCUCACUAUCAGAUCCUGUUCCAGACAGUGUCGAUGAUCGUCUCCGAUCCAAACCCCCGUGUGCAAGCAGUCGUUUGUCUGUUCCUGUCGACCUUCCUUGAGGAGUUUGACAAGGAGAAGCUGACACCCCACACCAACAGUCUGUUUGGAUACCUUUCACCACUGAUGCAGUCCUCUCACUUCUCUGUCGCUGAGAAUGCUUUGAGUGCCUUCUCCAGUAUCGUCGAGUGUAUCUCUGAGGACUUCCUACCAUACUAUGACAGCUUUAUGCCAUUCUUGACUGGUAUACUCCAGAAUCAUACAUCAAAGCAAUCCAGAACUCUUAGAGGAAGAGCACUAGAGGCAAUCAGUUUGAUUGGCCUUGCUGUCAAGAAGGAGAAGUUCGCCAAUGACCUCCACCAGAUCCUUACCUUCAUGUCCAGUCAGCCACCCUUUGAGUCUGACGAUCCUCAAAUUGACUUCUUCCUCAGAGCCUGCACCAGGUUCUGCCAAUGCAUGGAGAAGGAUUUCAAGCAAUACCUUGGUUUCUGCAUGAAGCCAAUCCUUGGUGCCAUCAACGCCAAUGUUGAGAUUGUUUCAACAGAAUACACUGACGAUUAUACCGAGGAAUCGAUCAGCGACAACAGCGCAAUGACCGUUGAGAACAAAUCAUUGGCACUGUCCAUGUUGGUGAUCUACUCGACCAUCCUCAACGAAGAGCUCUUUGAGUACAUCGACACAUUGUACAAAGAGGUCGUACCACUCAUUGACUAUGAGUACAACGAAGACAUCAGAACCAACGCUGUUGCUCUUAUGCCAUGUCUGCUCAGGAUCUCCAAGGCCCACUUUGAGAAGAAGAUGUCUGCCCCCAACGGUGCCAAGGUCCCAUUCACAAGUGAACUCUUCAACAACAUCCUCUCGAAGCUCCUCGUAUCCCUUGAUACUGAGUCAGUAUCAGAGAUCAUUGGUGAGAAGCUAAAGGUUAUUGGUGAAUGUAUCGAGGUUAUGGGCGAGAAACAUCUCACUGAUGGUCAGAUGAGAAGUAUCUUCCAAUCAAUCAUCAAGACUUUGGACUCUUUGGACGAGAUGAGAAUCGAGCUGGAAGGUGAUGUUGAUGAGGAGGAUGAUGAUCCACAGAUCAAUGCCGAGAUGCAGUUCCUCGAGGAUGCCUACAACUUCGUUGCCAUUGCUGUUGGAGACAUCAUUAUCACAAGCAAGGACUCGUCUGUGGUUCAUCUUCAAGAGAUCCUUCUCGCCAACAUCUUGGCCAGAAUCACUGGUGACGAAGACUCUGACCAAGUCAAGUCAUCGAUGCUCUGCAUCAUGGACGACCUGAUUGAGUACGGUGCACCCAACGUUGGCCCCCUUUAUGCACACAUCAUCAAUCCCCUCCUCAAGUCGUGUCACAACUCGGAUGUAUCUGUUAAACACGCCGCCUCAUAUGGUUUGGGAAUGGCCGCUUCCAAGGCACCACAACACUUUGCUCCCUUUGUCAUUGGAGCAAUCGAGGCAUUGAACAUGCUCGUCAGCAUGACAAAUGCCAGACACGAAGACAACUUAGAGGUGACCGAGGGUGCCGUCUCUUCGAUUGGCAAGAUCAUCAGAUACUGUGGUGCUCAGCUUGGUGACAUGCUCGGCAAGAUCAUCCCAUUGUGGUGCUCUCAUCUCCCAGUUCAAGACGAAUCUGAGCGCAAGGCAGUUCUUGACAAUAUGCUUGAGCUCAUCAAAUUGAAUGGAAGUUUCUUUGGCCAGAAGGAGUUUGUUGUUGCUUUGAGAGUCAUCAUUGAUGCAGUCCAGAAAGAGUAUCUGCCUGAUGACAAGAAGGACACUGUUAAGCAGUUGUUGGUUGGACUACAGCCACUUGGAAUCUUGAACCAAGUGUCCCAGGCCGACAUUGAAGUCCUCCAGAAAGCUUUGCAAUAA